GUGUUCACUGGUAGCACGGGGUCUCACAGUGGGGCCCCGAAAGGGGGACUUGCCGGGGAAGACUCGAGAGUGGAUCGAGUAGCAGUCGCUAGUCGCGAUCGUUCCCUCGUUCCCGUGGCAUCCAGAAAAGUUCUGCUCUUGCGAAGGUAAUCCUGGCGUCCUUCGAGAGGGACACGAGGAUAAUCCUGAUCCCUGAACGGUUAGUGGGUGACAGUGAGUGAUUUUAAGAAUCAUAAUUAAUUACCAAGGACCCGGAGACCUAAGGCAGAACUGGGAGUAAGGAAUUUCGCGAAUAACGGAUCGCCGAGGAGUUUGCACAGUACCAAUAUGCUCUCCACGUAGCAGCUCGUAAUUUACAACGGCGCGAACGACGGUAUCGUUGCCUGAAAAUGACGACUAUGUGGCCACUGUUGGUCUGCUUGUUCUGGACGUCGCUCUCUGGAGCUCGUGGUCAGAGCAACUAUGCAUCCCAGGGGAAUAGCAUCGAAUACCAGCCAGGACUUCCACCUAGUACUGUCCUGGAUGGUAAGGUCACCAAACUGGACGACAUAUCCUCACGAAUCUUCCUGAACCGCACCAAGGCUUACUUGAAUUGCAGCCAGGGUAGCAUGCAGGUGGAAUUGAAAUUCGAAGAGCCUUUCUAUGGGGUCGCCUACGCUGACCUGGACCGCAAUAGUGCGUGCAUGGUUAAAGGACGUGGGCUGAACAAUGCAACCUUGGAGCUACCAUUGAAAGGAUGUGGCACCAAGCAAGAUCCUCAGAGGGUCUUUACGAAUAAUAUCGUUGUACGGUUUCAUCCUGGAUUAGAAAUGGAUGGCGAUGAGGUGAUCACCGUAGUAUGUAGAUAUCCACCUCCAAAAGCACCGAUACCUCCUCAAGCUCCUCAACCUAUAAGCAGACAAGACGUCGUAGCUCCUGUUCCAGUUACGGAGCCACCUCUGAAGGGAUUCCAGAUCCUUUUGAUCAUAUGUGCUAUUUUGUUUUUGUCCUUGUUGCUGCUUGGGCUGGGCUGUUCUUACAUGUGUCUCAAGAGGAAUAACGUCAGGGUGGUACACCGACUUCCCUUUGGUAGCGGGACUGGGUCGGAAAUUACAAAAUUGUCUGAUUCAUCCUUGGGUAAUAUUUCCAUAUUCGACGGCCAGCUGAAGAUACCGCGCGUACAGGCUCCGUUGAUGGCUGCAGCGUCUUCUUCAGGAAGCGAGGUCAAUCUUGUUCAGGAACAUUCGGAUACCUUACCAAGCGACUAUCCCAGUGAGAGUCAUUCGGAUGAAGAGAGGUCACUUCCGGCUUCAUCCGCUGGAUCUUAUGACAAUAAAGCAUUUAUACAUCAUCAACAACAAGCCGAAGUCCGGGCACCUAGUUCCUUGUAUUCAGAGUCUGUUGCUGAUGUGGAAGCUACGGAUAUGACGGCUGCCAACGCAUCCAGAAUAGCUACAGCUAGACACCCUGUAGCACUUCCUGUGGAGCCUAAAUUUGACGUGCAGAUGAGAGUGAAGCGUGCACCACCUCCGCCGCCAAGUCCGUUACCAUCGGAGUCAGAUGCUAGUCUCGCCUUGGAGAGGAACCUGACGACCAUCUUGGAAAGAGAGGAAUCUGCCAGGUCUAUGGAUAGCCCCAUUCCGCAUACUACGACGUUCUCCUAUGUUCCUGAUUUACAUGGACCACCCAGUGCGAUGGUAUCAAGACAACAGACCCCGCCUGUGUAUUCCAGGAUACUCAGGAAGCAGGCUGAAAAAGAGAUCAUGCUGGAAGCUACGCCACCUUCGCCUCCACCACCUCCGGCCAUUAUGCAUCGCCCAAGGUCACUGACUUCCUUGAACACUGAACUCACGGAUACGCAUUCCCUUACUGAAGUUACCGACGCAUCGCAUGCCAAGUACAGGGUGGCCAGCAUCCUGGCACCUACGCCAUCGCCACCGCCACCGAUUGCCCCCGCUACCCAUGUCUCUAUCCAGCACAGAGAACUUCCACGAGAGCACGCAGAACCCCUGGUGGAACCUGUUGUGGCUACAAGACGUCCCGAGAUCACUACUCAUGAAGUGGAUGAUGUCUUCCUGAGAACAGUCACCGAAAAGAGGACCAUCGAGGAUGUCGAGCGUCAUCGUAGGCAGGUUACUGAAUAUCAUGCAAGACCGCAAGCGCUGCCCGAUCCGAAGUGGGAUGUUACAAUAAGGAAUUACCCGACGGAGGAGCUGCCACCUCCACCACCAGAGUGGGAGAAUUUCUCUGACGUCAGUUCCGCGUCGAAUCUGACUAUCACCAACGAGCCGACACCCCAGAGACUGAUAGAAGAUAUGGACGUCAAUAUUGAACCGACUUAUACACCUCGGGCUGAAAUUCCUUGUAGACCGGGGCUGCUGGAACAACCGGAAGCGGAGCAUGAAAAUGAAACCGAUGCUCCCAUAUCGAAUUGGUACGUUCUUACCAGGGUAUUGGAACCGCAGUAUUCAACUGAGCUCACCGACGAAGAGCGUACCAAGUGGCGCGAAAUCAUCACCACUGAAAGCACGUUGAGAACGCUACUCACCGAAGCAGUAGUCAAGGAAGAUUAUGAGCUGAUCCGAAAGGAUGCCAGGUACACGAACCUAUUCGAACCAGCGAAAUGGGACGUCAUCAUCAGGAUCCUGAGUCCGCCGGUUUCCACUUCCCACGGUAGAAGUGGACAGCGUUACAAGCGUGGCAAGUCCUCCGAAUGGGAUACCAGGUCCAGAAGAUCGUCCCUGCCGACGCUUUACGAAUACGAAAGCGACGGAGGAAGUUCAGUUAGAACACUCGGUCACGAUCAGAGACAUCCGGGUGGAGUUCAACUGAUACCGGGUGUAGGAGGUCGGAUCAGGCGACUCAGUUCUACUACACGAGGUGGCAGCGAAGCUGACCUAAGAUCCAUGUCAGAGAUGACGGUGCGGGACUUUGCCAGGGUAGACAGAGAUGACCUGACCAGUCUCAGUUCCUACGAGGGCGACUCCCUGGUGCGCUCACUGAGUCAACCAAGUCUUGCUCGCUCCGGGUCAGAGUUCACCGAACAUUGGGGUAUGCCAGCACGCGGACUUCCUGUUUGGAGCACCGAAGACGCCUGCAGCUCAGCGGAAACAACACCCAGGGCAGUGAGACGUUCCGAAAGAGUUGAGGUCAUGUCGUCCUUCGAUGCUGGAAAUCGCCAAGGACCAUCCGGUACUUCCAGCUUUGCCAGGUCUGCCAGAUAUGCAGAAGCUCAAAGGGUCACGGAAAGUCAACGUUCUUCCAAUUGGUUCCAUGACGACUCAGAACCGGAAAUGCAGAUUUAACGAUUCCUAUACGAUAAACGAAAAUAACAUGCGAAUUUAGAAUACUUGCCACUAACUCAGUGUAAUCAUUUUGCUUUCAUUCUCAAGUGCAUUUAGCACGAUCAAACGAUAUUACAAAAUAUCAUUCACCCCGGGAUAUAAUAAAACGUUAAGGUAGAGUUUUCAUGGUAAGCAGGAUCUGCAAAUCUAAUCAUCGUGGAUCCUUCGCUUAUUGUACUUUACUCAAAACAAAGUGCCGGAUUUUCCACUAUCCACUCGAUUCUUGUAGCUUGUGCAUAGAAUAUUACGAAAAUAUUAUUCUCGUUAAUCCGUCCUUUUAUUACUGAUGAAGAUCGAGUGGGACUGUAGAGUUUGGCAAUUAGCAUAAAUCUAUUAGGGUUCUCUUAAGUACCUAUUAUUGAUAUUACAAAAUAGUCUGUAAUAAAAGACUUAGCUUCCCAACCGAAGGGUAAGACCACCCUGAGAGCCACAGAAAAUCUUUUGGCAGUGCCGUAAUCUUUUAUAUACAUACAAAAAUCUGGAUUUGAUUCUAGACAAAUUUCUUGGGCGAAACAAAAAAAGAAAGUAUCAAGAAAAAACAAGAAUCGUACUCGAACCCAAUCGCUAGUGAUAAUAGAUACGUAGGUGAAACACGGUGCUGGGUCUACGCUUCAUGAUAUGAUAGUUACGCAGUAAGGAGUCUUAUAGUAUAACAUUUGAAUAUCUUAUACAUAUACCAUAUUCAUAGUAGCCUUUUUUUAUAUACACAGAGAGACAUCCACUGCUACUCACGCGGAGCCUGUAUCGAUAAAUAAUGAUUCUUUUUCUUAUUUUUUAACAAGAAAAUUUAUCACUGAGAAAAUAUACAAAAAAAUAUACGUGGAACGUAGUAAGGAAUCUCGUGCGCUUAAAAGAUGAGCAGAGGGAGAUAUGACGUGUGCGCAUGCGCGAGAGAUCACGAUGACACGAAGAAAUCUAGGAAUACAGUUAACGGAGAACGUAUAGAGGGAGAAUCAAAAAGAGAUAGUUUUAUAACGUGGAUAUACGUUUAUCAUUAUCCGACCUAGGCAGUUAUUAUAGUUAUCCUUUACCAGUAAGGUGCUACUCUGUAUAUAUACUGACAGUGAAAAGGAACGUUGGCAACUCGAAGAGCACAAGGCAGCCUCCAUAUACAUUCCUAACCUAAAAAGAGUGGAUUAAUCGACAAUAACAGUUGUUGUAAAUUCAUCGUAUACUAAUUGACAAAAAUAAACGUAACGACGCUUCUACUAAA